UGUGAUAUACUACCAAAUCUCAAUUUUGAGACUCGUCAUGCUGGCGAGGCAGGCGGUACUGAUGAGUCAGAGUCCGAAGUCGAAGAACUCAAACCAUGUGAUCCUCAUUACACUGAUUACACACCAUGUCAAGAUCAAAAGCGUGCGAUGACCUUCCCAAGGGAAAAUAUGAACUACCGAGAAAGGCAUUGUCCACCUCAAGAGGAGAAGCUACAUUGCCUUAUUCCAGCACCUAAGGGAUAUGUUACCCCGUUUCCAUGGCCAAAAAGUCGGGAUUAUGUUCCUUAUGCCAAUGCUCCAUAUAAGAGCUUGACGGUUGAGAAAGCCAUUCAGAACUGGGUUCAGUAUGAGGGUAACGUGUUUAGAUUUCCGGGAGGAGGGACACAGUUUCCUCAAGGAGCAGAUAAGUAUAUCGAUCAGCUUGCUUCAGUAGUCCCGAUCGAAAAUGGGACAGUUCGAACUGCUUUGGACACUGGCUGUGGGGUUGCAAGUUGGGGCGCUUAUCUUUGGAAAAGGAAUGUCAUAGCAAUGUCAUUUGCCCCAAGAGACUCGCACGAAGCUCAGGUUCAGUUUGCUCUGGAAAGGGGUGUGCCUGCUGUUAUUGGUGUACUAGGAACAAUCAAAAUGCCAUAUCCAUCUAAAGCCUUUGAUAUGGCACAUUGUUCUCGUUGUCUUAUCCCUUGGGGUGCUGCUGAUGGAGUCCUCAUGAUGGAAGUUGAUCGAGUUCUUAGACCUGGAGGCUACUGGGUACUUUCUGGACCUCCUAUCAACUGGAAAACCAAUUAUAAGGCCUGGCAACGACCCAAGGAGGAACUUCAAGAAGAACAAAGGAAGAUUGAAGAGGCCGCUAAACUUCUUUGCUGGGAGAAGAUAUCUGAGAAGGGUGAGACUGCUAUUUGGCGAAAAAGAAUGGAUGCUGACUCAUGCCGUUCUGCACAAGAAAAUUCGGCAGCCAGUAUUUGUAAAGCUGAUGAUCCAGAUAAUGUCUGGUACAACAAAAUGGAAACAUGCAUAACACCAAACAAUGGUAGCGGUGAGGAUGAGAGUCUAAAGCCAUUCCCCGAGAGACUUUAUGCUGUUCCCCCAAGAAUUGCCAACGGACAAGUUUCAGGAGUGUCUGUUGAGAAAUAUGAGGAAGACAACAAGAAAUGGAAGAAACACGUAAGUGCUUAUAAAAAGAUCAACAAGCUCCUGGACACCGGAAGGUACCGCAACAUUAUGGACAUGAAUGCUGGACUAGGAGGUUUUGCAGCAGCGCUUCACUCUCCUAAGUUUUGGGUUAUGAAUGUUAUGCCAACAAUAGCUGAGAAGAAUACUUUGGGAGUUAUAUAUGAACGGGGACUAAUUGGCAUUUAUCAUGACUGGUGUGAAGCAUUUUCUACAUACCCAAGGACGUAUGAUCUCAUUCAUGCUAGUGGCCUUUUCAGUUUAUACAAGGAUAAGUGUGAAUUUGAAGACAUUCUCUUAGAGAUGGACCGUAUUUUGCGUCCAGAAGGAGCUGUCAUUCUUAGAGACGACGUAGAUGUACUGAUCAAGGUGAAGAAGAUAAUAGGAGGCAUGAGGUGGAACUUCAAAUUGAUGGAUCAUGAGGACGGUCCCCUUGUUCCUGAGAAAAUAUUGGUUGCUGUCAAACAAUAUUGGACUCUUAACUCCACAACAUCCUCGCAAUGAAAUGCCACCGAAGAUGUCUGAUCCGUGAAUUCGUAGAUCAAGAAGACCAACAUUUUACGACUACAA